GUAGACACUACCGAGGCAUCUUCCCCCACGAACACUAGCAGGUCUGCCUCUGAUAUUAUUGUACGACUUUGAAUGAGACCAAGAGAGUGAGAGAAAGUCUAAGUCUGACCUAAUAGAUGCUGAAGAUUUGAUUUUAUCCAGGGCAUCAAGUAUUAAGAUAAUAUUUUGUUACUCACAUCACUGUAUUUUCUAGUAUCCUUCUUUUCUUCAACGACAUCAAGAACUCCCCCCACCACUACCACCACUACCAUGUCAUCCGACAGCGAGCACGAGGUAACCAUGAAGAGAAAGAAGAAGGACUCUUCGUCGGACUCUGAUUCCUCUGAUUCGGAUUCGGAUUCAUCCACUUCAGAAAGUAAGAAACGCAAAACGAAGUCCCGACGAAAGUUAUGAAACACAUUUUGAUUUUGAUUUUUGAAUGUAGUAAUAUUUGAUUGCGCGUAUAAAUAGGUGGAACUUGUAAUGUUGAGCAGACGUAACUCCAUAGCCUGAUCAUGGUUGCUUUUUUCGCAGGCAUUCUAAUCUGUGAAGAUGAUAAAAAAGGCAAGAAAAACAAGGACGAUAAGAAGAGUAAGAAGCACAAGAAAAGCAGCAAGAUCGAAGACAUCAAGAAGAGGGCGAAAGAAGCGAAAGCUGCACGUAAGACUGAUAAGAAAAUCCGAAAAGCUGAAGAGAAACUAGGACCGGAAACCUGUCCCCCAGAAAUUCAGCUUGAUUUUGAUGCGUAGGCUUAGCAGUAGAACUGGAACUAGUCGCACUAUCGUCGUAAGCUUACCUAUGCGACUCCUCUACGCGUCAUCUGCAACAGGAAUCCGUGUAUUGUGCCAUUCUUUUCUACCUUUUUACUUCUAGUCAAAAAUGGGAUUUUAUAUCCCCAUUAUAAACUUGAUAAUGGUAUUGAGUUUUAAGAUGAACACUAAGUUGUUCUUGAUUUGAGGUCUUGGAUAAUUAAGAUAGUACCCUUCCUUGACCCCCAGUCAUAGUAAGUUUUGAAGCAACAGCGAAAGGAGGAAGAGAAGCGUGAUCGCAAGAGACGAAAACUGCUGAUUGAGAUGGAACACCAGCAGGGCGCCGAAGAAAAAUUGCGCAUGCUCGAACGCGGAUUCGACACGAAAGUUAUGGCACAAUUCUGAUAGCCAUAGAGAAUGAGAUAGUGAUAGUUGAGGUUGACGUCGAUUGUCAGGGACUUACAUCAUGAUCAUCUUCUAAUUUCUGAGUCCAGAUGGCUUUGGUUGCCCGCGAAGACGACAGUGAGGUCAUGGCAAACGCGCGAGCUCGCGCUGACGAACUUGCCAAGCAGAAAGCUGAGGAGUUACUCCGAAAGCAGGGCAAGCUGAAGGAAGCCGAGCAGUUACAGAGCCUGCUUUCUGGUGAGGCCCAACAACAGGCUGGGACAGAAGGCGACGAACCGCAGCACUGGAUUUGCACAAAUCCUACUUGUCGGUACAAAAAUCUCUGGAAGUGGAAUGAAUGUCACGAGUGCGGUGGUCUCAACUUUGCGGCGAAGGCAGCCACCUUGGAUCGCAGAGUCACGUCAAACCCCAACCACAACCUUUUCAGCAAGGACGGAGACGACGAAAAAAAGAAAGGCGCAUCUACUUCGUCGUCAAGCACAAAAACCGGAGGAGCUGCAUCUUUAUGUCUAAAAUACCUUUUGAUCUGGUGUCAUGUGAGAAGUCGUAUAUCACACAUGAAUAGAGUGGAGGUGAACGAACUAGAUAAUCAAAUAGACUUUCGUGCUAGACUUACAUGACCAGAAAAGUUAUCAACAACAAAAUAUACCUAAAAAAAUAGCUAUUAGGUCUAUUUUUGGACUUUGUUCUGCUUCAUUUUUUUCCUCGUCUUCGUCGGCAGCUGCUGCGCCUCCGCCACCUUCGACAAUGCUCGCGCCUAACAGCAACGUGACAUAUUCCAAAUUCGUGUACGGUCAAGUCCGACCCUGGUCCCAUAAAGCUGCCGCCAGAGGGUCAAUCGCGGGACAUGGCCAAGUUCUGGAUAAAGACGCCGAAAGGGUCAUGAAUUUCUACAAGGACCUCAACAAGAAACUUAAGCUGGAACAUCGGGGCCGCCGAUGAGAAGGAGGCUGACCUUGAAAACCGAAUACUGGAUUGAUCUUUUUGUGUAACAGGUGGACGUGGAGAUGAAGAGCAGAACUAAAGAUCAAAGGCGAUCAGGCUUAGGUUGAUAGAGUGAACUUCUAGAUCAUGAUAAUGCAGCUCCACCCUGUUAUCUUCCUGAGGAGCGCAGACUACUUGUAGCACAAAACUAACGACAUUUCACUAUAUUGCGCUCCCUCAUCACGCUCCUUGCCCCUUUCAUCACCAGUACGUAUACAAGAUGUUAGAAGACGGUGUCAGCCCGCACCAAUCUACAACCAGCACAUCCUUUUUAUAUUACGAUACCCUUUGAGUUUGAUUUUGAAGUAUCAGCAUUCGACGUCAAUACUAAUGUCCGUUGAUGUCUUUAUUUUAUAUAGAAACAUCCCAGAUGAAAAUAUGGCAAUGGCAAAUGCAUCACCCAGUUUCUUGUCGCCCAAAGGCAAAGGCGUGGACCUCCAAACCCUAGCCCCUUUCUCGUCCCAUGAAAUAUCACAUUUUGCUUUUUCCUCUUCCAUUUAUGUUGUUGCGAG